GUGACGUCAUUCCCGCGCUCCGGAAGCUCACAUUCGUCGCGAAAGCCUCUUGUGUACGUGGUCGAAGUCAACGAGGGUCAACUCUCUUUUUCUAUCUACCAUCUAAUAAACUCCGUGACAUUUAUCUACUCAUUAGUUAACGUGAUCUAGGAUCAUAUUCCAUCAAAAAAUGGACUCUUCUGAGCAUGGUACAGGUUCUUCAAUGACAUCUACAGACGUAGCCAGUGGAGGAAAUCUGCCACCAGGCCUGACAGUGGAAGAGGCAGAAGAACUACAGCUGGAACUCACCAAGGUGGACGAUGAGAUUCAGACACUCAGGCAGGUUCUUACUGCAAAGGAGAGGCACGCAGCAGAGCUGAAACGCAGGCUUGGCCUCAGUCCUCUCUCUGAACUUAAACAGAACUUCACCAAGGGCUGGCAUGAAGUCCAGUGCUCCAAUGCAUAUCUUACAGCUUCAGCCACACUGGAGGACAUUAGCCAUUCUGAUGCGUAUAAGAGGACUCAGGAGACUCUGUCUCAGGCUGGUCAGAUGACAUCAACCGUGUUCUCUACAAUGGGCUCUGCCAUCAGAAACAGGCUGGGGGAGAUGAGGGCUCUGCCGUACUCUAACUCUGGUAGCAACUUUUCCAUGCGUCACUCUUUAAGUAUGCCAGCAAUGAGGAGCUCGCCAAGCUUUAAAUCCUUCGAGGACAAGGUGGAGAACAUGAAGUACAAAGUAAUGGGACGAUCAAAUGGUGAGAGUGACCAUUCACCACAACAUAGCAACAACACACCCUUCUGAGCAGGAAGUGCAACCUCAUGACCAAGAACUGACCUCUGUGGCCCCGUCUAACCCCAUACCCCUUACACACUCCAGACCACAGCUCUGUUAACCUCAACAGAAUGUAAAAACAGAAAAAAAUGCUUUAAUAAUUUAAGAUGCCAACAUGCAAAGAUUCUACUUUUUACUUCUACAGCUGAAGAGUUUGACUUUCACCCUUGUAAGUUUAUUGUAGCCAAACUGUUAAACAAAUCCUUUUAAAAGAGCGUAUUUGAUGAAAACACCAGUUUUGAUUGUUAUUAGAGGAAAGACUCUGUGCACAAAAUUACCUUUAAAUGUAUUGGUUUCUUUGUUAAAUAACAGGGCUUCUGUGGUGCUUAAGAUCAGCAUGAUGAGAUUAAAUGUUUGAAAUUUCACUUUGAAUGUGCAAAAACUGUAAGUUGCCACUGGUUAUUAUUGUUACAUGCUAAUUAUAUUAAAUAUUGCACUGGUUAUAACCCUGCUAAUUAAAGGCUUGUUACUCAGGGCAAAAUAUACUAAAGCUUCUCUGAAGAUGUAUACUAAAUUAUUUCAUGAUUGUUUUCAGAAGUCAGAAUGAAAAAAGAAACUACAGCCUAUCUGGCAUUUUCUAACAAAGUAAAAAGAGGUAUCUCAUGUAUGUUAAGAGUGAAUGAACUACACAUGCUUUUUUCCCACAACUCAUGAGUUGAAAGUUUAGCAUGAGUUGAAUUGUUAUUGUUGUUAUUUUGGGGAUACCAAAUCUCUUCGUAGGGUUUUCUUUCCACUCUGUUAGUUAAUCUGAAAGGCUUCUUACUAUUGGUGUUUUUCCUUUGGUUGCCUAUAUUUUAGAGUGCUGUAUGUAGUAUAGAUGGUGUGUUAGGUUUUUUUUUAUUUGUCAGUGAUUUCACAAUAUAGUAAUGAAAACAGUCAAGGCAUUUGGUGGGAUUAUGGUUGAAAUAUUUAAAUUACUAAUCAGAUGCCAGAUUUAUAUUUCAUUGUAAUCUGAAAGAUAGAAAAUUGAUUAAUGAUAUUGGUCUCCUUUAGAUUUGGAAUGCUUUAACCUUAAAUAUUGUUGGGGGCAAAAGGUCAACUUCACUGUGAGGUGAUGGAAACACCCCUUUAUCUGAGAAGUUUGUUUUGCAUUUGAUUCGUGGUACUUAGCUGGACUAAUGAAAUACAAAGGUCUGUGAAAUAAGAAUGUUACCAUGGUGACCUAAACACUGUAUACAUGUUGAAUGCUUUUACAGCUGUAAUAUACUAGACGGUUCAGGGUUUACUAAAGACAAAUAUUUAAAUUAAAGGAAAUAAAAAAAGUGAACAUCA